CUGUAACCCUCUGCCUUUUGCAAUAAAAUAUCACACACUGUUUCUAAAGUGGGAGUUCCUCAUCAGCCAUUGCAGCAGUGUACAGAAUCUUCAGAGCUCAGUAGUCCCUAUUCCUCUGCAACAUAUCUCCCUCUCUUUCCUUCAUAACCACCCACCAGUUCAGAACACAGAGAUCUUUCUCCACUUAAGAAGCUGUACAUCAAAAUCACCAACAUUCUUUCGAACCCAACUGAUCAAACCCAAGUAUCCAACUGAUCAAACUAUGUUGGGUCUGAGAGAUAUACUCCUGAUUGCUCCGAACCCUUCUUCUAUGCACCAACAAACACAACCCAUUUCCUCUGAUCACCCAACUCUCCCUCUUCCUUCCUCAGCAUCUCUUGGGGUCGGCCUCGGCAUCUUCCCUCUCCUCACCGCCACCCCAUGCGGCCCAAAUGCUCCGGCCGGCGAGGGCAAUCCCGACAAUUCACGUUUCUGGAGUCUGAGGACGUACCCUGACAUGAACCCUUCCAAGCAAGACAUGCUCAGUUUUGGGAACCAUCACGCUGAAAGUCAACAGGUGGUGGAGUCCGACGACGGAAAUGUCAACGGAGACGGCGGAAGUGGCGGCGGUGAGGAGAGUGGGUUGAAGCCUUGCAAGGACUGUGGGAACAGAGCAAAGAAAGGUUGUGAGUACAUAAGGUGCAGGACUUGUUGCAGAGGCAGGGGAUAUGAGUGCUCCACUCACGUGAGGAGCACGUGGGUUCCGGCAGCCAAGCGGCGCGAGAGGCAGAUGGGGGUGACUGGUGGUGCUUCCAGUGGCGGUGAAGGUUCUUCUGGUUCUUCUUCAGCUGCCAAAAGACCGAGAGUUAUGAUGCCAUCAAAGAAUGCAAGUGCAAAUCUCAGGCAGUCAUUACCCGAUCAAGUUCGGGCACCAGCUGUUUUUAAGUGCCAUAGAGUCACUGCCAUUAGCAAUGGUGAUGCCGAGAUUGCUUACCAGGCUACUGUGAAAAUCAGUGGUCACGUGUUCAAGGGGUUGCUCUAUGAUCGUGGGAUUGAUAAGAAGAAUGAAUACCCAUGUAUUUCACAUUUGCAUUUGGGAAGUGGUAGUAACCAAAGGAAUGUAGACUCUUCUUCUCCACCUGUGCAUCCAUCCAAUGUCCGUAUGGCAUCCACCAGCUGAAGAUUGUUUAGAGAUAGCCAGAUACAAAUAUGUGAUUAUACUUGUUCGUGCUUGAAGCCCUAAGAAUACAUCAUGGAGUCUGCUACAAAAUGCAGAUAUGCUUUCAAGGCGCACCUUAGCAUGGUUUGGAGCUCUUAACAUAUUGUUGGUUUAGUUAUCUUUUUAUGAACUGAACGCCUACUUGUAUUAAUUAUCGAACUAGAUCAGAAUAGAUGUAAGAAUGUACAUAUGUAGCCCACCUAUCAAAAUAUAUGAAUCUUCCUUCAAUC